CUGUGGUUUGGCUGCAGUGCUGCUGGAGGCCUCCAUUAGGCUCUAAUCGGAUUAUUUGACUUGAGAGGACACGACAUGUUCAGAUGAGAAGGAAAGAGGUGAGGAGGAAGAUCUUUCUCUACCUCCUCUACCUCCUCUCUGGCUUUCUUUUUUAUUGCAGGCAAGUCAAAAUGCCUCUCUUCAUUAACCGGGACCAGAUAUUUGCACACCAGGUUCAUCUGCUGGAGCACAAACUGAGGAGUAAAGAAGAGCGAAUACUGGAGCUGGAGACAGAGAAUGCUAUUCUUCAUCUGAGACUCGCAGACUGUCUGGGGAAACUACGUCACGACCAUGAAGAGGAGACCAAAGCGCUGAACCAUCAUCAGCACCAGAGGGAGGUGCAGAAUGAAACCAGGGCCGGCCUCACCAAACUCCUGUCAGGAGUCCAGGAGGUGAAGCAGGACCUGAGUGAGGUGUUUGCAGUGUACGUGAGUUUUGCCACCGAGCUGGAGGAGCAGAGCAAGCAGCUGCUGGAGAAAGUGGAGCAAGUCGGCUCCUCCCAGAAAGGUCACCGUGGAGACGAGGUGCAGGACCUGCAGGCCCGUGUUGCAGCUCUGGAGCGCUCUCUGGAGGAGGAGAAGGAGAGGUGCAGGGCAGAGAGGCAGAGGAGGAAAGAACUUCACAACACAGUGGUGGAGCUGAGAGGUAACAUCCGAGUUCACUGCAGGGUGCGACCUGUUCUAUCCUUUGACCACGUCCAGACCUCUGGACCAGGUCCUGCUUCAUCUGAGGAAGUGGUCUGCGCGAUCAGUGAUGACACGGUGAUGGUGAAUUGCUUGAAGACAGGGAUGCCAGUGCAAAACAAGAUGUUUGAGUUUGAGAGGGUGCACGGACCAGAGGAUUCCCAGGACACGGUGUUUGAUGAAGUCAAGCCCCUGAUUACAUCCCUGCUGGACGGCUAUAAUGUUUGUAUCAUGGCGUAUGGACAGACAGGAAGUGGGAAGACUCACACCAUGAUGGGAUCGAACUCCCCAGAAGUGUCUUCAAAGACGCAGCAGGAGGCACAGCAGGGUAUCAUCCCCAAGGCUGCUGCUGAGCUGUUUCAGUUGAUCUCGGAGAAGCCUGCAGAGAGCCACACCGUGGAGGUGUCAGUGAUGGAAGUGUACAACAACGACGUGUUUGACCUGCUGGCUAAAGAUGAGCACGGGAACGCCUCCGGCCAGCGCAGGGACGUCAUCACCACCUCCUCUGGUACCAGCCAGGUUCCCUCCCUGACAUACGAACCUGUGUGCAGCGCCUCUGAGGUGAUGCAGAUCAUCAGCAGCAUUCUCAAACUCAGGGCUCACUGUCCCACCCUGGUUCACACCGAAUCUUCACGUUCUCACCUUAUUGUUACCCUCACCAUUUCCUCCAAGAGCCCCAAUGCACUGGCCCUGGCCCGCAGGCUGCAGAGCGCCAAGAAGGACAUGCAACGCUGUGCUCAGAAGGAGUGGUGGAGCCCACGCUGUCGCCGUGCCAACCUUUCCGCCCGCUACCCAUCUGAAGAGCUCCUGGCAAGCCCCGCCUCCUCUCCCUGCCCCUCACCUUCCCUUUCACCUUGUCCCUCCCCCAGACCCAGUAUCUCACAGACUCCGUUCAGGACCAAGCUGCAGCUGGUGGACCUGGCAGGGAGUGAGUGUGUGGGUAUGUCUGGAGUGACGGGCGCCGCUCUGUGGGAGGUGUCCUGUAUAAACCGCAGCCUCUCCGCUCUGUCUGACGUCCUGGGAGCUCUGGCCGAACAGAGACCACACAUCCCUUACAGGAACAGCAAACUGACCCAUCUACUUCAGGAUGCCAUAGGUGGCGAUGCCAAGCUGUUGGUGAUGCUGUGCGUCUCUCCCACGCAGCGCUUCAUCACAGAGUCACUGCAGUCCCUGGGGUUGGGAACGCGUGCACGCCAGGUCCAGAAGGAGCUGCCUCGACGGAAGAGCAACACCCUCAAAGUUAAGUGACGACACCAGGAAAUGUUUCAUCCUGCCAAGGCAACGUAAAUCCUGCCACAUCAUAUCAACAGUGCAGACUGGAGGGUCUAAAGAGGCAAACCUGAAAAAAUGAGUUACACUGAUUUGAGGAUUUACUGCAUAACUACAUGUGGGGAAGAAAUCAAAGUGCACAGCCUUAAACAAUACGACUGAACGCAGUUAUUAGAACUCUUUAUUCAUCACUGGGAUACACGGUGCUGCGUACUCGUUGGUAUUAAAAUCCUACACUGUACAACAAUAAAAACAUUAGUUUAAUAUACUUUCCCUUACUUCCUCUUACAUAUUUGAAUAAGUUGGUUGAUAGUUUAAAUAGGAAAUAUGUUGUAUAAUAAAUAUAAAUAUGUAGGUUUUGCCAGCAUCGAUGUACUUCUGUUUUUAAAUAGAUCUGGGUAGGGCCACCUAUGUUUUUAAUAGACUUCCUCAAACAGAGGCCUCAGCACCAAUAGAUUCAUUCAAAUAGAUCUUGGUGUUAAAUCUAUUUCAUGCAGAAUAGGCUUCAUGAAACUGCUGAAACUUUAUAACCCAUACGCUGAACCUGGUUUAGUCCAGUUGUCUGCUGGUUAGUGGUAAAUGACAGUACAAUUAUACACAGUUAGGACUUUAAUAACUUAAUUGACCUUUGUUUUUAACACUAUGUCAUCCAUGUUGUUAAAUCCAUUUUUAUCUACACCAGUAUUACGAUGCUGCUCAUGCCAAUAGUGAAUAGUGCUAUAUUGUAAAGCUUUUUGAGUCUUAUUUAUUAUUUAUGCUGUAAAUAAUUUAAAUACACGCUGCUCAUGCUAUGCCUUCUAUUUUUUAGUAUUUUGAUGCAUCUGUGUUUAUAUAAUAUUCUCAUGUAUGGUCUGUAAUCAUAACCCUUUUUGUAAAACAACACAAAUCCUUCAAACACAUUGAAAAGUCUCAGUAGAAAAUAGAAUAAUAGAAUAAUUCGUACUUUAUAAUAAACACCUGA